UCUAGACUAGCACAUGAUGGGAAUCAGCCAAUGGCUCCGUUGCUCUCCUCGGGGGCCCCGUGUGUAUGAAUGUAUGUGUGUGUAGCCUAUCUGAAGAAGAAAAAGGGGGAAUCGACGAAAGAAAUGGUCGAGGAAUGCCAGCCUAAUUUACGAGUCCUGAUCAUGGAAUAGUAGCAUAUCCUUUAAGAUUGCACAGCGCAAAGGAUCCGACGAGAGUCACCUUGUUUCUUCAGGCGUUCAAAAUCGCUGGUUUAGUUUGUCGCGAAGACUGGAUUAUGAAUUAUGUUUGAUUAUUUCUUCGCAGAGGGAAGUUUAUACGCUAAUAGGUUAGGCGAUCCGAAGCAGUUCAAAGUCCAAAGAAGAAGGAAAGAAAUCUAAACAAAGCUAUCGACCGAGAAGAAUACUACGUCUUUGGUGAGCCUCUGCAUUCAUCAUUUCUUUCUAUCGUUCUUUUGCCUACCCAUCUGAAAACCAAACAGCUAUAGCCUACUGCGACUUUGAAAUGGACAACCGCAAUAUCCUGGUAGCCUAGUCAAGCAGUAAAUGCUACGAAGCGACCCAAAAGGUUCAUGUCGUAGGCUACCACUUCAGUUAUAGGUUAGGCUCCGUGGAAUUCCUGUAACAGAAUCUCCUCUUUGAUACAACAUUACGUUAGCUACAAUUGUAGCUUGCAUUCUAGCUAAUGUUGUGGUUCGGCCACAAACAUACUGCCCCCGGCUGUGCUUACACUGCACGGCGUUCAGGCUACAGAAUAUUGAUGUGGCACGACGACCAUAUCACGAUUUUCAGUCGCAAGAAUCGUGAGCAAACAUAAAGGACGCAUAAAAAUAGAAGAAAGUGUCGUAUGUUCAGGUCGAAACGCUCAGGUCUUGCACGGCGACUCUGGAGAAGCCGUUUGAUUCCAGACACGGAUGGGGAAGAUGGAAGUUGUAGUAAAAGCAGUGAAGGGGGUCGGGAUGAAUCGUUUGACAACAAUCCAGAGAAAAUACCCAAAACGGAAUAUAUGCCGAUGACAAGGGUUGCAAACCCCGGGAGAGUGUACAGCAGGAAUCUAGAAAGUAGGGAAGCGAGUGUCAUUUUGGACAAUGAUUGUGACACUAUGUGUGUCCUUGAGCAUGGAUGCCCCAGGUCUUCGCAAGGAACCGAUGGUAGGGGGGUUACUUGUUGUUUGUUUAAAGAUCUGGACCACAGUCGACCUAGAAGUCCAGUGUCGACCAGGACUAAAGACAUUAUUCCUUGUCAGCUGAUAUGGCGGAACCGUAGUCUCCGCGAAUCUGUCAGCGUGGACAGGAGAGACGUAAAAACACGGGCAGCGGUGGAUCAAGAGCUCAAGCGGGCCACUUACGCUUUUCUAAAGAAACUGAAUGAAAAGUCGCUGGAUAUUUUGCUGGAGGCCGUGGAGUCCCGAGGCGCAAUGCUGAGCCACUGCGUGAUGGCAUCGCAGACGGAGCUGCGUAUCGGAAGCCAGACGGCGCCUCCACAGUACCUGCUCAGCAAACUCUACCGCUGGCCCGACCUGCAGCGCACAACCCAGCUCAAGCCACUGUGCCAGUGUCGGAGUUUUUGGGGUUUGGAGAACCAAUCGGUGUGCUGCAACCCCUACCACUACAGCCGCAUGUGUGGACCAGAAUCACCUCCCCCUCCCUACUCACGGCUCUCCCCUUCAGCAGAACCCAAGCCACUGGAUCAGACAGAUCCACUUUUGUCCUACACUGAAAAUGAGGCCACCCACCCUGUGAAACCCAGGGACAACUCAGACAGCAGCACGUCGCCGGACCCCCUGAAGCAGAGCCACUGGUGCAGCGUGGCCUACUGGGAGAACCGCACGCGCGUGGGCCGCCUCUACACAGUGGACGAGCACUCGCUCAGCAUCUUCUACGACCUACCUCAGGGCACGGGCUUCUGCCUGGGCCAGCUGGGCCUGGAGCAGCGCAGCAGCUCGGUGCAGCGCACGCGCGGCAAGAUCGGCUACGGCAUCCUGCUCAGCAAGGAGCCGGACGGCGUGUGGGCCUACAACCGCAGCCAGCACCCCAUCUUCGUCAACUCGCCCACGCUGGACAUUCCCCACGGCGGCCGGAGCCUGGUGGUGCGCAAGGUCAUGCCGGGCUACUCCAUCAAGGUGUUCGACUACGACAAGUCGUGCCACCUGCGGCGCGCGGAGGAGCCCGAGCACCUGGACGGGCCGUACGACCCCAACAGCGUGCGCAUCAGCUUCGCUAAAGGCUGGGGACCCUGCUACUCUCGACAGUUCAUCACUUCCUGCCCAUGUUGGCUUGAGAUCCUCCUUAACAACAGAUAGCAAACAACCAUAACACUAUCCGAAAUGUAAUCUACCUAGAUUUAAUAUAAAGUUUUAUAUUAUAUAUAUAUGUGUAUAUAUAUAUAUGUAUAUGUAUAUGUGUAUGUAUAUAUGUAUAUAUAUGUAUACAUAUAUGUAUAUAUAUGUAUGUAUUAUGAGAAAUAUAUUACACUUGUAAAUAAUGAGUCAUUUUUACAAAACGUGAUUAUUUAUGUAUGGUGCAAUGCGUAUACGGAUGAAGUUAAGAGAAACCGGAUAAUGCACUUUUGAUUCUCUAUAUUUUACAUAUAUAGAGUCUCUCAAUGCCAUUUUGAGAAGUCACUCAAAAGAAAACGAAGAUAAAACCUGGUUUUGGUGUAUAGUUUUUGUAUACUAUCAAUGCCCAGACAAAAAAGCUAAGGCCAUUCACACAUUGAUAAUAAAGUAUUCAUAUAAGAUUGCA